AUGGCGCGGGCGGCGGGCGCGCGGGGCCGGGCUGCACGGUGCGGGCGCUGGCGGCGGGGCGCGCUCCUCGCCUUCGCCGCGUGGACCGCCGGCUGGGUGCUGGCAGCCGCUCUGCUGCUCCGCGCACACCCGAGCGUCCUCUCGGAGCGCUGCACGGACGAGAAGAGCCGGCGCAUCCUGGCUGCGCUGUGCCAGGACUAUCGCGGUGGCUGGCUCACGGGCGCCCUGUGCGAAGACCUGUGUGUGGGCGGGGAGCUGCUGUACCAACGCUGCCUGUAUUAUGAACGUGGUAAGAAGGUGCUGCAGGCCCAGUGGCGUGGCCGGACCGUUGUCCUCAAAUCCAAGAGGGAGGCCUUCUCCAGCUUCCCGCCCCUCACUCUGCUGGAGGAGGAAGCAGGGCCAGGUGCCCCUGGCAUCCCUGAGGCUGAGCUGCUCCUGAUGGUGGCCGGGGAGGUCAAGAACACGCUAGGCUUGGAGCUGCCCAACAACAGCAUAGCCCCGCUGUGGCCUGCCAGGCAGGGCCCUGGCUGGCGGCAACAGCUGGCCAGUGCGUGGUCACUGCUCCAACAGGAGGAAUACGUAUACUUCAGCCUGCUUCCAGAUCUGAGCCGCCACAUCCUACCCGUGCUGGGAUCCUGCGGUCACUUUUACGCAGUGGAGUACUUGGCUGCUGGUAGCCCUCACCACAAGGCUCUCUUCCCACUGGAUGAAGCUGGCCAAGCACAGGCUAUUAGCCACAUUGCCCUCAGCUUCCUGGACAUGGUGAGCCAUUUCGACAGUGACUUUUCCCACCGCCUCCACCUCUGUGAUGUCAAACCUGAGAACUUCGCCAUCAAGAGGGACUUCACGGUGGUGGCUAUUGACGUAGACAUGGCCUUUUUUGAGCCUAAAAUGAGGGAAAUCCUUGAGCAGAACUGCACGGGAGAUGAAGACUGCAAUUUCUUCGAUUGUUUCUCCAAGUGUGAUCUCCGAGUGCACAAGUGUGGAGCCCAACGUGUCAACAGCAACCUGCAGGUCAUCUGUGAUAAAAUAUUCCGACACUGGUUCUCCUCAACACACAGGAGCCCAGCGGUCUCCCCCCAGCUUCGGCUGCAGCUACAGCAGGCAGUGCAGGAGUGUGCGCAGCACGGGGGCCCCUCGGGAAACUCCUGGACAGCCUCAUCCAGUGUGUUCUGGAAGCUUCGAUGGCUCUUGCAGUCCACUCUGAAAGAACUGCAGGAGGCGGAGAAAUAGCCUCUCUCUUGCCUUUGUCAUCAAGAGUGGACAGAGGAAGCGACCUUCAAGGGACUCCUCCUGUAGUUGCUAUGCAGGUGAGCUGUCAGAGCCUCUGGCAUGUCCUUCUGAAGUGUGCGGCUGAGCUCCUUUCUGUCGCUGUGACGUGGACCUCUCUUGCUCCUGCCCAGCUCAGUUUGAUCUGGUUUCCUGGUGACCUCCGGCCUGUCACUCCCUCAGCAGUGACCAAAGGGAGGAGUCUCAUCAGAGUUGCCAGUCUGGAACCCUCUGAGGACUGUACACAGACCUUGCCGUCACAGACAAGAGGCUGCUGGUCUACACAGACCUUGCCGUCACAGACAAGAGGCUGCUGGUCCUCCUUGUUAGCCACUAGCAAGCUAAAGCGUGACUGUGGGCAUACAGAUGAAUAUGUCUGCAAAUAAUUGUGUGCACAAUGUGUGCACCCAUGAGUAUAUGAGUGGGUUCUUAUAUAUGAAUGUGUAUUGUGUACACACGAGUAUGUUGUGUGUAAAUAAGCAUGGGAUUGUGUGUAUGCAAGUGGGAUUGCACAUGUUCUCAUAAUUAUGAGUGUUCCUGUGUGCAUGCGUGUGUGCGUGCACGUGUGUGUGUGUGUGUGUGUGUGUGUGUAUGCACAUUUACAUGCCCAUGACCCAGUGAUUGUGCCUGUGAAUCUGUGCUCAUGGAUGAAUCAAUGUGAGUCCACACAGAAGUGCAUGCAUGUGUACAUCCAGAAGUGAGUAAGUGGGUGGGCACUCGCAGCCUGUGUGGCAAGGUGGCUUUUCAAUGUGUCCCUAGGAAUCUUGCCUAGCUGGCAAAGAAGCGCUAAUUUUUUUUUUCUGGAAUUUAAUGGAAUAAAAUGUGUGUCCUUAGGGGCACAGUUUGCUUUGGAGAGUAUGUGGAAAGGCAGCUUUUAGUGCUCUUCAUUCUGUGGAAUUUUAGGGAGUACUUUACCAUGCAUUGAUCACAGAGCAUCUUACUUCUGAGCUGGACCAGGCAUCUGCGGAAUGCAGUGUGUCUUGCCACAACAGAGACAGUUUAUGUGAAGUGCUGGUGUUGGCUCUGACCACUGGCAGAACUGUGGAACAGCUCAUCUGUGUGGACCAACUGAAGACCCAGCCGAGGGCAGUGGACUACACCGUGGUACCAGUAGUACCAUGUGCUUCUUGCAGACAUUUGAUGAUGGUCUUCUCCAAUGGCCAACUCAUACAAAGCCAGCCAAACUGUACAUUGCUCCCCAACAGAGAGUGGAACCAGCAAGCCUUAUGUUUACAAUCUUGCUUCUACUCAGAACAGAGACACAAAACUCUUCAAGUCACAGGGAAGGGGACUCAAGAACCGUAGGAUGUCUCGAAGAUUGGGAAGGUGUUGUAGUGACUUAUUAGGAGAAAAGGACAAAAUUUGGAGUUUUCAACAUGUACAGAAUGACAGAGUCUCAUCUUUUCUCUUCAUAUAAGACCUUUGCAGUCCAGAGAACUGCCUCUCUAACUCCCGUGGAUGCACUUCUCAGGGCUGUGCACGCAGAUGACAUCCUGCCCACUCUGAGCAGUGGCACUAGGGGAUGGAGGGGGGUCGGAGGUCACACCAGUCCUGAAGCUAUGAUCCUGAAGGCUGGAGAUGUCUGUUUCCUGCCGUCCCCAUCCCUUCAUGCCACCCACCAGCAAUUUGCCAGAGAAGGCUGACUUCCUUAAAGGCUAUCAUCCAUCCUGGACUGGAAGACUUGCUUUCUGUU